AUGGCAGCGGUCUCUGCGUCGUUGCAGCGUGUGCUGAUGGCCCUUUUGUCGACCGUCUCUAUCGCGACGGGCCUGUUUAUAUCGUACAAGGCUAUCCAUGAGCCGCCCAAGCCAGACUUUGAGCGCAUCGAUGCCAUGUCGCUGGCGCAGUCGCGCACGGCCCUGGGCCUCGCUGGCGAGGGCCGCUGGCUGCCGAUUGAUGCGCCGUGGGCGUACAAGGCGGAGAAGCUUUUCUUUUUGCUGGUACAUGUGUUUGUGGACCUGUGUGAGACGCGCACCGGUCGCGGAAGCUUCCUGGCGAUCCUGUCGCUCGCGAUGCCGGUGAUGCAGUUCGCGUGCGUUCAGGCGAUCAAGCCCGAGACUCACACGUUCCAGCGUGGACUGAUUGUCACUGGCAUCUUUUUGCUGGGCCAGCUGAUCUGCAUGGGCGCGUCGCUUCCGCUGUUGAUGGUGCCGCUGUUCGCGCUCGUGCGGGGUAUGCACCUGCACAAGGUGUAUCCGGAGCGUGCUUUUGGCGUGUAUGGCCCUCGCAUGAUCAAGACGAUCCAGCGCGUAAUUUUCGUGCCCAGUGUGUUCAUGGUGCUCAUCCCGAGAACGCACUGGACCUGGCUCGUGCUGAACGUGGUCUUCCAGCUGUUCCCGCUCAUUUUCCUAAGUCUGUCGCUGUACGUGGCACUCGUGGGUCCCCAGACGUCGAUCACGACGAGCAAGGUGUCGAUCUUGUACGAAGACAAUGCCGUGUUCACGAUGGUGACGCACUGGUGGUCGCUGUACCUGCUGCACCCCGUGCUCAAGGCGUUGGUCGCUGGCCAGCGUGUGGUGCUCAACGAUGCGGAGCGUCUUAUUCUAUGGGACCUGCUUGGCGUGUUCUGCGCAGUGCUGUACAUGAUUGGCAUCGACAUUAUUGCCGACCUCAACCUGAAGGACGAGGGCGGUGUGCGAGCGCUGCACAGCGCGUCUCUGCCCAAGUGGCUCGGCGCGAUGGUGCGCAGCUUUGUGAUGGCGGUCAUCUUUGGACCCGGCACGGUCUUUUGCAUUUACCUCGCCUCGCGCGAGGAUGCCGUAACGCCUACGCACUCGGCGUCGACCACGAAGAAGAAGACGCAGUAA